AUGCGUCCCCAAAGCCCCUGGGCCGCCGGGCCCGCGGCGCUGCUGCUCCUCGCCGCCCUGGCGGCCCCCGAGGCGCUGCCCAACGCCCGCGGCAGGAAGAAGGUGGUUCAUGUCAUGGAGGGUGACAGCGGCGCCGUGGUGGUGCAGACAGCCCCGGGCAAGGUGGUGACGCACCGCGGCGGCACCAUCAUCCUGCCCUGCCGCUACCACUACGACGUGAGCGCGCACGACCCGGCCGAGAUCCGCCUCAAGUGGACCAAAGUGACGGAGCCCAUGGCGUUCGUGGACGUGUUCGUGGCGCUGGGCAAGGCCCGCCGGGCGUUCGGGCCCUACCGCGGCCGCACGGCCCUGCAGGAGGACGGCGUGGGCGACGCGUCGCUCAUCAUCCGCAACGUGACCCUGCAGGACUACGGGCGCUACGAGUGCGAGGUGACCAACGAGCUCGAGGACGACACCGGCGUGGUCAAGCUGGACCUGGAAGGGGUGAUUUUCCCGUACCACCCUCGCCUGGGGCGCUACACGCUCAAUUUCCACGAGGCGCAGCAGGCGUGCCUGGAGCAGGACGGGAUCCUGGCCUCGCACGACCAGCUGCACCAGGCGUGGCUGGAGGGCAUGGACUGGUGCAACGCGGGCUGGCUGCAGGACGGCUCCGUGCAGUACCCGAUCUCCCGGCCCCGCGAGCAGUGCGGCCGCAAGGACACGCCCGUGGGCGUCCGCAACUACGGCUACCGCCACAAGGAGAGCGAGCACUACGACGCCUUCUGCUUCACCUCCAACCUCAACGGCAAAGUUUAUUUCCUGAAGACCUUCCGCAAGCUGAGCUACCCGGAGGCCGUGCAGGCGUGCAAGAGCAACGGCGCGGCCGUGGCCAAGGUGGGCCAGCUGUACGCGGCCUGGAAGCUGCAGCUGCUGGACCGCUGCGAGGCGGGCUGGCUGGAGGACGGCAGCAUCCGCUACCCCAUCGUGAACCCCCGCGCCCGCUGCGGCGGCCGCGAGCCCGGCGUGCGCAACCUCGGCUUCCCCGACAAGAAGUACAAGCUCUUCGGCGUGUACUGCUUCAAAAAGGCCGGGGACGCGCCGCCCGUGGUGGCCGCGGGCUUCCCCAAGCGCGUGUGAGGGUUCGGGGCGCUCGGGCAGCGCGCCCGGGUUUGGGAUCUGGGGUUCGGGGCUUGGGCCGAGCCCCGCGCGGCGCGGGGAGCUGCGGGCAGCCCCCGCCGGGACCGA